AUGAAGUUCACCAUCGCCCUCGGCUUCCUCUCCGGCCUCGUCGCCGCUCAAUCGGCCACUACCUCCGCAGCAGCCUCCGGCUCGACCGGUCUCGCCGGCCUCGUCAGCCAACUCCCGACAUGCGCAGUCGGCUGCCUUAGCACCGCGGCCAGCGAAAUCGGGUGUUCUGCCACAGACUUCACUUGCCUCUGCAACAGCCAGGAAAAGCUCAUCUCGACCCUGACGCCCUGCGUCCUGACGGCGGGAUGCUCUACUGAUGAGAUUGGCACCGCCGCAAAGAUCGCCCCCCAGAUCUGCGCCAACGUCGCCGCCAACCCCGACGCCUCGGCCAUCGCAUCCGCAUCGAACCUCGUCGGCGGAGCCCUCUCCACGGCGAGCGGCGCCGCCGCUUCGGCCACUGCCACUCCCGCUGCCGCGGGUCGCCCGGAAAUGGGCUUCGGCAUGAUCGGCGCCGCCAUCCUGGGUGCCGCCAUGUUGUAA